GUAAGCAACAACACUUCGGUGAGAAUAGGGAAGCAGGCGCGCGGCACAGGGACCCGCCGGAAGAAGCAGCAACAGCAGCAGCUUCAACGCGAUCUGGACGCAGACCAUCAAAAACACCGACAGUACGAGCGACACCGAGGCGGUCAGCGGGGCGGAGAGGAGGAGAAGCAGGAGGAGGAGGCGGAGGCACCUGCACCGCCACUCGUUCUCCCCCGCCGCCUCCGUCGUUUCUCCCUCUCUGUCUUGGCUCUCCUCACCCCUCGUACCUCUCGGACCGCCACCGCUUCCUCGUUAAGAUGGCUGACCCCAACAGCGACGGAGAGGUACCGGAGAGCGCGCGCGGCUUUGCCCGUCAGGGUGCCCUCCGUCAGAAGAACGUGCACGAGGUGAAAAACCACAAGUUCAUCGCACGCUUCUUCAAACAGCCAACCUUCUGCAGUCACUGCACGGACUUCAUCUGGGGCUUUGGAAAGCAGGGAUUCCAGUGCCAAGUGUGCUGUUUUGUGGUCCAUAAGCGCUGUCAUGAAUUUGUCACCUUUUCCUGUCCGGGGGCCGACAAAGGACCUGCCUCUGACGAUCCUCGUAGUAAACACAAGUUUAAGGUCCACACCUACUCCAGCCCCACUUUCUGUGACCAUUGUGGCUCCCUUCUGUAUGGGCUGAUACACCAGGGCAUGAAAUGUGACCACUGUAUGAUGAACAUCCACAAACGAUGCGUUGCCAAUGUCCCGAGUCUGUGUGGGACGGAUCACACCGAAAGACGAGGACGCAUCCAGAUCACUGCCCAGAUCACUGAGGACGCUCUCACCGUCACCAUCAAAGAGGCGAAGAACCUGGUACCCAUGGACCCAAACGGCCUGUCAGACCCUUAUGUAAAGCUCAAGCUGAUCCCAGACCCCAAGAGUGAGAGCAAGCAGAAGACCAAGACCAUUAAGUGUUGCCUCAACCCCACCUGGAAUGAGACAUUCACUUUUAAUCUCAAAGAAAGUGACAAGGACCGUCGUCUGUCAGUGGAGGUGUGGGACUGGGAUUUAACCAGCAGGAAUGACUUCAUGGGAUCGUUGUCCUUUGGGAUCUCAGAGCUACAGAAACUAGGGAUUGAUGGAUGGUAUAAGCUGCUCUCCCAAGAGGAAGGAGAAUACUUCAAUGUUCCUGUCCAGCCAGAAGGAGAAGAAGGAAAUGAGGAGCUACGACAAAAGUUUGAGAGGGCGAGAGUGGGUCCAGGGAAGCCCACAGACUCAUCUUCCUCCUCUUCAGUAUGCAAGUAUGACAGCAAUGGCAAUCAGGACCGCGUCAAGCUCUCCGACUUCAACUUUAUCAUGGUCCUGGGCAAAGGCAGCUUCGGCAAGGUGAUGCUGGCUGAGAGGAAAGGUACAGACGAGUUGUAUGCCAUCAAAAUCCUGAAGAAAGAUGUGGUGAUCCAGGACGAUGAUGUGGAGUGCACCAUGGUGGAGAAGAGAGUCCUUGCCCUGUCUGGAAAACCACCUUUCCUCACUCAGCUGCACUCAUGCUUCCAAACCAUGGACCGGUUGUAUUUUGUCAUGGAGUAUAUUAAUGGAGGAGACCUUAUGUACCAAAUCCAACAGGUCGGCAAGUUCAAGGAACCUCAUGCUGUCUUCUAUGCUGCAGAGAUCGCUAUUGGUCUCUUCUUCCUUCACUCCAAAGGCAUUGUGUAUCGAGAUCUGAAGCUGGACAAUGUGAUGCUGGAUGCUGAGGGCCACAUAAAGAUCGCAGACUUUGGCAUGUGCAAAGAGAACAUGUUCGAUGGAAUUACUACAAAGACUUUUUGUGGAACACCAGACUACAUCGCUCCAGAGAUCAUAGCCUAUCAGCCUUAUGGGAAGUCUGUGGACUGGUGGGCCUUCGGAGUACUGCUAUAUGAAAUGCUUGCUGGACAACCUCCUUUUGAUGGUGAGGAUGAAGAUGAGCUGUUCCAGUCCAUCAUGGAGCAUCAUGUCUCUUACCCUAAAUCCAUGUCCAAAGAAGCUGUUGCUAUUUGCAAGGGGUUGAUGACCAAACAUCCAGGUAAGCGUCUAGGCUGUGGUCCAGAGGGGGAGAGAGACAUCAAGGAACAUGCCUUCUUUCGCUAUAUAGACUGGGAAAAACUGCAGAAUAAAGAGGUCCAGCCACCUUUCAAACCAAAAGCUUGUGGGCGUGAUGCGGAGAACUUUGAUCGCUUUUUCACGCGCCACCUCCCAGAGCUGACCCCCCCAGAUCAGGAGCUUAUAGCCAACCUGGACCAGGAAGAAUUCCAAGGCUUCUCUUUUGUUAACCCUGAGUACACUCAAACAACUCACUGACCAUGCCACAUAUCCCUGGGCUGCAUUACUACACCUCACAAUCAUGCUGUACAGGAAAAACGCAUAUUUAAAAAAGAAAAAAAAAAAAAAAAGAAGAAAAUCUUAUGAUGUCAUAUCCAGGUUGCAUUCAGCUGGGCAAAAAGUUAAGGAAAUAAGUGACAUUUUGGGAAAUAUGUUUAUUUACUUCCUUUCCAAAAGGGUGAUGAGUGGAGUUUCACCAAGCUAAAAAUGGUGUGUUGCAUGUGGAGCUACAGCUACAGAAUGAUUAGCUUAUCAUAACUUAGUUUAGUUUAGCAUAGUGCUCUGAAGUGUCUUGAAGCAAAUUAUCCUGUAGUUCUCUCAGAUAAAUAUUACAACUUCUUAAUUAUCAGUAUUUAUAACCUUCCUCUUGCUACACAUCUGACUCAACCCUGACUUUGACACAAAACAAGCAGAAACACAUGUAAGUGCCUUAUAAAAAUCUGCUACCUAACUAGCAUUAGCAUUGGCAUGUGCGCUAAGGAUGCAUAAUCUCCCCCACUGGCUGAAAAGUAGCUGGUGGUGUCUGGUAUUAAAGCUGGUAUGGGACAGACAAGAUGGUGCUAUUAAGUUAGAAAUUCCCAGUGUUUCAAAAAGUGUCACAAAUUUUUUCCUUUGCUGGCUAUGGUGAUGCCAACGCUAGCUAGUUAGCUAUGGCAUCACCAUCUCAUAGCCUUUGUAACUCUUAUCAUUAGAAAAAAAAGAGGCAUGCUAAAUUAAGAUAGUGAAAAUUUUAAAUAUAGUGUAGUCUAAAAUAACAGCAUGUUAGCAUUUGUAUGUAGAGGACUUGUAUUAUUUAGCUAAGAAAGUGUGCCAAUUUACAUUCUUAUAGAUAUUAACAUGGCUGCUAACAUUGCUUAGCAGCUGUGAGAAACUACCAGCGGAACACACUUUGAGCAGUCUCUUGCAGCAACCAGUGGGAAAGUGGUGUUGGUUCACCAAACCCUGCACAUAACCAAGCCGGCCAUCUUGUUGCAUAUGGUGGAGUUGGAUGGUCUAACCACAUUUUGUAGCAAGACAUACUCGAACAACUCAGAUUACUUGAAUUGUUAUAAGUCAACAUGGCUAAUAGCAACACAGUAACCGUUUCUGCACCUUGCAUUUUUUUUUGGUACUCGGAAAUGACAUAGCAGUCCAAGGUUACAUACUUAUUACACACUUUGAGUCUGAUGGAUCCAGAAAGAGUUGCUGUUCCUGUGAGCGUUAGCAGAAUCUUAUCCUUGUCUGAAUUUCUUGCAGCUCAAAUGUCAAUCAGUCGGUGCAUUGUUUGUUGUUGUAGUCUUCAGAGGGUACAGAUCAGUGUUACCUGCAAGCUUUACUUCUAGGAGACUAGUCAUUUGUUUUUACCUCAGUCUUCAUGCUUAGCAAAGCUCAUCAGCUCCAGGUUCCUACUCUAUACUUGGUGAAAAAGUAACACUUCUGAAAUUUGGAAAGAGAGCAAAUAAAUGUAUCCCCGAAAAUGACAUCAUUCAAAUAAUGAUCAGCUGGAAAUGCAGAUGUGCAUAAAUGAUAGAAAUCAGCCAAAAAUAAUCAGCUAUUCAUGUGUCAAGGCGCCAGUAGAAGAGUAGUCUCUUUUCCAGUGGCAAUACUGUUCUGGGUUUAAUGUGGUUUAGCACAAGCUGCUCUUGUAUAAUGUUUGCUGGCUGUUUUUCUAUCUUUAGGUCAGAAAUGUUGCUUGCCUCUGAAUGCUGCCCGGCUGUUCACAUCAGAGGUUGAUGUCAGAGUCCAGUUUCAACCUGAUCUGUUUUUGUGUUGCCCUCCCUGUAACUGCAUAUUGACUGUGACGACCCAUCAGUGAAGUUAAUGAGUGUACUAUGAUCAUAUGUUGGUAGCCCAUACAGUGUAAGUGAAAAAUGAUCAAUUGCUUUGCUAUAAUUGUUGAAAUACUAAUUAGUUUCCCAAUGUUUACUUUUGUCAGUAAGAUCAAAUGCUUAUACACUUUCUCUUCAGUGUUGUGGUGAGCUUAUCUGCUGUUAUUUUUUCUUUCUUUUUUUCUUCCUGUUAAUUUACAAUUUUUUCACAUGCAGUCAGCACAAUUUAAACUUUGCGUUGUGCUGGUUUUCUUUUUGUUUGUGUUUUUUGUUUAAUUUUUACUUAAAGCUCAUAACUUUUUUGGGUCUAACUAUGAAAACUUUCUCCGCAUUACACUGUGUUUCUGUUGAGAGGGCCCAUUUCGUGGCUUGUUAACAACCACUUUACAUCAAAGCCGUUUAGAGCCCUGUGAUGCCAGUAGUUUGUUCUCUCACAGAAACUGCAUUUCCAGAAGUGCCAAAACAAGGUUCAGAGUCAUGAGGGCAUAGAAAAACUUUUGCUCGUAACAACUGUGAUGAAGGGCAGCCAUCUUGUGCCAAUUUGCAGUACAUGUAUCCUUAUCAUAAUAUGCAUUAUAUAUAUAUCUGUUUACCGACAAUACAGUACCCCUUUGAAAAUCAUUUUCAUAUAUAGGAUUGAUAUGUCUGAGUUGUAUUAUACUUUUGUAACUGUGUAGCGAUACAAGGUAGUAAUGAUGUGUCAAAUCUUGUUCUUAGAGCUUGUAUUAUAUAAUGAGGAUGUUGUAAGGUGACAUCAGAGAUACCGGCUUAAAAUGACAAUGAACUAACCAGAUAAAAACAAUGAGCACUUAUUGGGAUGAUGGUAAACGUGACCAAUUGGUCUUGAGAUACAACAGAGAAAACACAUACAUAUAUAAAAAAGAAUAUAUAUAUAUAUAUAUAUGACGAGUUCAAUAUCAAAGACAUAUUUGGAUAAGGUUUUUCUGAAUGGGAGAGAGGCUUCUGUGGAUUGUGUAUUUGUCUUGUAUGACUGGAAACUGAUAAUAUACUCACUGGUGCCUGCCAGACUUAA